CGCAGCUGCAGUUUCCCGGCGACAAGUGCCAGACCCGCUACUCUGCAUGCAUCUACCACUGUUUUCUCUGUGUACUUUCAUUCACCAUGUGGAUAUUUGGAUGCAUUUAUAGCGCCGGGGAUUCGUUUUGCUUGUCCCCGUUCAACCUCACGCUGAAGUUAACAGCAAACGCGAGUUUGGCACGCAAGUUGGAUCUGCGCACCGGAGCGCUGGGUGAAAACAAGUGUUUUCCUGAUUGCGCCGCAAGGUGUUAAAGUUUGCAUUAACGCACGGUAGUCUAUUGUAGAGAUGUUAAGGUUGACGUAACCCCCCUUCUUCCUCCCCCCUGGUCUGGUUUAGUAUGCUGGAGAUCGCAGCUAGAGGACGUGAGGUCUGGCUGUUUCACCGGGAGCCAGACAACAUAUGACGCCCCGCUCCAUGUGACUUUGCUGGAGAAAUCGCGUUUUGAUGGAAAUUGUGCAUUUUUUCUAGACAGCGACACUCUUGCCCGUCCUUGUAUCUCCGGUCGCACCAGUGUGGCUCAUUUAGCCGUGAUGACAUCACGAGGAGGACUGGGGACACUGGUCUUUUUUACUCGAAACAAGCCCAAAUCCAGCCACCGCUCAAGUCACGCUACAAUUGAUUGACGGGCAACUAGACGUUUGAUUGGUGACCAAUAAUCGAUUCGCAGGAGCACGCGCGGCAUACUGUGUGAGGUUUCAUCUUGUUUACAAAGAUAGCUAAAAACACUGCUGAACGGGGAAGGCGAGCCUCAUGAGUCGGCCUCGUGGAUCGCAUCGACAUCAUGGAUUUGUCUAAAAUGGGUAUGAUACAGCUCCAGAACCCCAACCACCCCACUGCCCUGCUGCACAAGGCCAACCAGAUGCGUCUGGCCGGGACUCUGUGUGACGUGGUCAUCAUGGUAGACAGCCAGGAGUUCCACGCUCACCGGACUGUGCUGGCCUGCACAAGCAAAAUGUUUGAGAUCCUCUUCCAUCGCAGCAGUCAGCAUUACACCCUGGACUUUCUUUCACCAAAGACUUUUCAGCAGAUUUUGGAGUAUGCAUACACUGCCACGCUCCAGGCCAAGGUGGAGGACUUGGAUGACCUUCUGUAUGCAGCAGAGAUCCUGGAGAUUGAAUACCUGGAAGAGCAAUGCCUCAAGAUCUUGGAAACCAUCCAGUCCUCAGAUGACAAUGACACGGAGGUCAACCUCAAUGAUGGGAGCACCGAGGAGGAUGAUGAGCGCAAAGGCCACAAUGGAGGCAAGAACUCCAAAAAGCAUUCCAUGCAGAGUCCCUAUUUGACAGGUGCCCAACAAGUCACAAUCAUGACUGGCAUGGUGGACCAGAGUCCUUCUGUCUCCACCUCCUUCGGUGUCUCCACCCUAAGUCCCACCAAAGCUGCUGUGGACAGCCUGAUGAGCAUCGGUCAGUCUCUGCUACAGCAGGGCUUUGGGGGUGAGCACGUUCUCCAUGGCAACUCCCACCCCCUGAUGACUGAGAUCAAGACAGAAAUGAUGCAAGUGGACAUGGGUGGCAACGGUCACGACAGCCCUCCGAACCUGGAGUCCAGUGCCUCCAGCAAUGGAGAACGAAGUGGGGAGGACAGGAACCGAGACGGUCCAGGAACACCAACCAGGAGCAGCGUUAUCACCAGUGCCCGCGAGCUACAUUACGUCCGUGAUGAAGUCAUGGGCGACCCUCAAGUUGAUGUCAGCCAGAUGGGGCUGGAAGCAAUGGCUGGGAUGACGGAGAAGCAUCUUGCCUCGCUGUACUCCCUACCUGCAAAUCAUAAAUCGGAUGCCUUCAUGUCCAUGCCGGCAUCCAUGGCGGCAUCCAUGGCCUCCAAUCUCCCUAUGUCCCCAGCCCUGGCAAUGUCUAUGGACUUCAGUGCCUACGGGGGACUCCUGCCUCAGAGCUUCAUCCAGAGGGAAUUCUUCAGCAAGCUCGGGGAGCUGGCUGUGGGCAUGAAACCAGACGUCAGGAACCAGCACGAACGUUGCAAUGUUUGCGGUGCAGAACUACCAGAUAACGAAGCUGUGGAGCAGCACAGGAAGAUGCACAGUGGAAUGAAGACCUACGGCUGUGAGCUGUGUGGAAAGAACUUCCUGGACAGCCUCCGUCUACGGAUGCAUUUGCUGUCUCAUUCAGCUGGUGAGAAGGCCAUAGUUUGUGACCAGUGUGGUGCCCAGUUCCAAACGCAGGAAUCCCUGGAGGCUCAUCGGCAGAUCCACACCGGGUCCGACAUGGCCAUCUUCUGCCUGCUUUGCGGGAAGCGUUUCCAGACCCAGCCGGCGCUGCAGCAGCACAUGGAAGUCCAUGCCGGCGUUCGCAGCUACAUUUGCAGUGAAUGCAACCGGACCUUCCCCAGCCACACUGCACUCAAGCGUCACCUACGCUCACACACAGCAGGGGACCAUCCAUACGAGUGCGAGUUCUGCGGGAGCUGCUUCCGAGAUGAGAGCACGCUGAAGGGCCACAAGCGCAUCCACACCGGGGAGAAGCCCUACGAAUGUAACGGCUGUGGGAAGAAGUUCAGCCUCAAGCACCAGCUGGAAACCCACUACCGUGUGCACACAGGUGAGAAGCCAUUCGAGUGCAAGCUUUGCCACCAGCGAUCCAGGGACUACUCGGCCAUGAUCAAGCACCUGCGCACCCACAACGGCGCCUCACCCUACCAAUGCACCAUCUGCCUGGAUUACUGCCCCAGCCUGUCAGCCAUGCAGAAGCACAUGAAAGGCCACAAGCCCGAAGACGUCCCCCCAGACUGGCGCAUUGAGAAGACCUACCUGUACCUCUGCUAUGUCUGAGGCCGGGAGAGUCAACGAAGAGAGAGGGGGAGAGUACGUGUGAGGGUGGGGGCGGGGUUGAGAGGUAAGGGGAAUGUAAUUGAGCGGAUAAGGAGGCUAUAGUGAGAGUGUUGACGAUUUAGGAAUGUCAACGGCAAGAGACCCGAAAGCAAGAAGGUUUGUGUUCUCUUUUUACUUUUCAUGCAAAGGCGGCGCCGACCGACGGGGUUAAAGGGUGGUGAUAGUGGGACAAAAGUGCUAAGAAGAGAUAGACUUGGACACGGAGAGAGAUUCUCCACCAUAGUUCGGAUUCACCGGGUCAUUCACUACAUCUGCAACUGUGUUAUUGUUUCAGGUCAUUUCGGGCAGCGCCACAAAGCGAGCGAGCUGCAAGGAAGUGACUUUUUAGAUGCUGCUGCGAGUGAGAAAGCAGAUUCUCAAGGGCUAUCUGAACCUGCACAUCCUUGCCAUCACUCCAUUUUGGGGAAUUUAUUUUUUUUUGUUCUAUUUUGACAUGGUUUGUUUGCCUUCGCCCUGCUUAGUCAUACUAGUUUGGAUCACAUGAACAAUAUGCGAAUAUGAACUUAGGCCCCCAGUUUAUCAUGUCACGGUUUGGUUUCCCAGUAUUGGAAAACUGCUGGCUUUCAGAAGCCAAAAUCCUUCUCCACAAACCUUGAUGCUGUGGUAGUUAUGAACCACAACAAAGUUAUCUUGGAGGAGGACUGAGAAAUAUUUUCCAGCAGUUUCACCUCCCCAAACAAAGUGCAGAGUUUGAAUAAACUGCUUUGGGCGAACAUGCUCCAAAUUCUUUCCAUCCCCAAUGGGAGAUUUAUCUGUUUUGCAACUUCCUGUCCUUUCUACCUGCGCAUGUAGACACAGAUCGUCCCCGUUUUUCACAGAAAUCUGCCAGUAUCACCUGUUCAUACAUGAGAUCCCUCCGAUCCCAGUGGUGGCAGUGAGAUAGCCCCUGAGAAUCUGCAGCGGAGCCAGUAGACGUAUGCAGCAGAUGAAACAGUUGAACUGGAUGAAUGGGAGCACUAAAAUACUAAAAUACUGCAAACCAAGCACCUGUUUGGUUGUUGUUUGGGGGGGGGGGGGUAGCGCUGCUUUUAUGUUGGAAGUCUCCCCGGUUUUCUCAGCAGUCUUCCUGGAUCUCGCUCAGAUGAGGGCUGGGGAUGGUCGAGUCACCACUGGCCACCUGCGAUUCUCCCCAGAGAGCCAACUUCACUUUUCAAUCUUCUAUAUUUUUUUAGCUCCGCAUUAUAGUUUAUCGUGGCUUGAUUGCACAGGUAAAACAAAUUACGACAACAGUCUCUGUUUGAUGUCUGCAAGUUAUACAUUUUUUCCAUUAAAUCAUAACUGGCUAUUACAGUAUGCCACAUUAAACCCAGCAUAUCCACCUACUCAGCAAUAGAUAACUGGACUGCUUAUAUCCAUGUACAUUUAACCAGACGACUGUCAUUAUCUCGCACUAAUGAUGAACUACACAAACUGACACAUAAACAGUAACACUUUGUAACACCACAACAGAUCUGUCCAUUCACCACAGUGAUGGGAAAUAAAAUGGGAAAAGGCUGCUUUCCGUGGGAGUCCUGUGACUUCGACUGCUCGUUGUGAAUGUUGAAGAGGGGCUGGGAAUGCCGUAGCUGCACACCUUUACGUUUGACAAUGGUGGUGUGGCAGUUUGAAGUUUGUUACAUGGUAUCAAAACAUGAAUGUGAAUGACUGUGAGCCGGGUUCGCACUAGACUGGUGUCAAAAUGCAUAGCAGCCUAAUGCCGCCUUUCAAUGGAAGUCGGGAUCUUAUAAUUCCCACCUUGGAGGUUAUUUCUCCCCAUGCCUUCCGCUGGUUCAAAUUUUCUCCAUCCGACAUUGGAUGCGGUUCCCCCUUGCAGCAUGCAUUAGCUCGCAGCUGUAAAUGCUAUUUUACAUUUGAAAAUGAACAUGUGUGAUCGUUCACCGUCAGGUGUUGUGAUAAGAUAAGACAAAAAUGAUCUGACAGAAGGGCUGGAGCAGAUCACAUUAUCAAGCCUGUGAGGUCUUCAAAUUCAAACUUGAAUGUAUACUGAUAAAAAGCGGAAUUACGAACUGGGCAAAGCGGGUGGAUUUAUUUUUGAGAAUAUGCCCCACUGGAGUAGAGCGUCAGCUGAAAUCAGGACCUAAAGGCGAGUUUUGCAUUAUCUAUAUUUUGUUAAAAUGGUGCAUAUAUUCCCAAUGUUGACAUGACUGCAUCUUGAAAGAAGCUCUGCGUAUACAGCCCGUAACUGAAAGGCUUCUUUUUGUUGAGAAGAAGGUGGGAAUUUCCGACGUCUUCUCUGAAAACGCAGCAUUAGACCUGAAUGACUGACGCAGCCGCAGGUAUUACGAUUGAACCUACGGCUUUAAUGAGCAUCGCUGCAUGUCGCAGCGUUACCGGGGUGAUCACCUAUUCAAAUAGCCAGUGGAAAAAGGGGAAAAUCACUGAUAGGACGAGACACUGCCCAGCAGUAAGACGGCAGAAUAAAUCAACCCGCUCUCUGUGGUUUUGGCCCUGCGCUUCGUCUCUCUCGUCUUCUGUUGUUGUUGUUGAUGUUGUUGCUGUUGUUGUUGUUACUGUUGACCUUGAGUUUGAGCUCAACACAUCGUACUUGAAUUACUUCGUUUUGUGACCUCAUGUUGCUUGUGUAUUUUAAUUUCCCCUUUUUGUUUCGUUUGUACACUUUUGUGUGUGUUCAUGAGUGUACGUCGAAAAGAUGCAUUGCACGAUAUGAUGAAGCAAUGUGUACGCAGAAAAAAUAAGUGCCACGGUGAAGAGAUUUUUGUUUUUGUAUAUUUCUUUGUGCAUUACUUGUUACCAAACUUGGUAUUAUUAACCCCGCUUGUUAAAGAGACGGAAGGUUUCGUCAUUUGUUAUAAAAGCUACCUCUAAGUUGUUUUCAUUUGUUAGCAAAAGCAAAUUUGUUUGUGUUUGUGUUUUGCAUUAUUUGAUCAUUGCUACUUCAUCUCAUGCUUUUAUUUUUUUCUUGAUUGAUUUAUGAUUGUCUGUGUUUUAAGCAAAAUGUAUAUAAAAGCUUAAGAGAUAACAAAAGUAGAGGUUGAUAGGAUGUGGAAAGUAAUUCAAAUGGAUGUUUAUUCUCCUCUUAUAGUCCCCCCCCCCCCCACACCUCCAACCACAGAAGAGCAGAGAAAGAAAAAAAGAAAAAGCAAUUUUGAAGCCUUAAGUGAUGAGUAAGAGGGAUGCGGCAGAUAAGAGGAAGUACUAUUGCUGUUAAGAGGGUUUAAAAACAAGAAUUAAAACUUGAAAAUAUGUGAAUAGAAGUGUAGUUUUGUAAUGUGAAAAAAAAAAAAAAAAAGGUUCAUCAAAAAUGCUGAACCGCCCAGGACAGGUCAUAUUUGCAGUGAUGCAGAGUGCGUUGGACAAUUGGAACUGCAAGUGGUAAUCAAAACAGAAAAAACAGAAGGUUAAAAAUAGAGAUUGUCUCGGCUGACAAGCUCUCUUGAGAAAUGAGCGUAUUCCUGAACAAGAGCCAACAGAGGCAAUUUGAUAUUAAAAAUUGUGAUAUUUUUGUAUUCAGUGUCGGUCCUUUUUCCAUUUGUGGAGGGUUACAGCAGGGCACAAAUAUUUGUAUUUCUUUUUUUUUUUUACCUGUUUUUUUUCUCUCUGGGUGUGAAUCAUUUUUGCCUUGCUCCUCUUUGAUAUUGUUGGACAAAAAACAUGUGUGAACAUAUUGUAAUAAUAAGUGUUGCUUUCUGGAUGUCAAUUGCAUUGUAGGUGAAGGACUAAAUCUAUCCGCCACAAAUUUUACGAUUGUGUCUGUAUGUGACGAAGUUAAAAAAAAAAAAAAAAGAAAAAAAAAAAAAAAAAAGGAUUAUAAAAUACGGGACGGCAGGGAGGCGCUGCCAAACCGACCAAUUAGUACUUGUAAUUUACAACUUUUCAAUCAAACUUGACUGUCAACAUGUCUUUUGUUUUGUUUUUGUAUUUGAAAAAGAAGAAGGGAUGGCAUGUCCCGUGGUGUCUUGCCAUUUUAUUCUCAAACACUGUGAGCUGAGGGGCUUUUUCACCCUCAUAUAAUAUCCACCCACUAUAAUAUACCCAGUCACGGCUCAGUCUGAACCACCACAAUGCAAGACCUGAUCAGUCACAUUAUUCCUGUCAUCGUCCUCUGAAUGUUUUCUACUUUUUCGUGCGGGUGAAAGAGUGUGUAACUAUGUGUGCGUGCGUGCGUGCGUGCGUGUGUAUUAGUGGAAAAAUGCACUAAUUUCAGAUCAGAUACAAAAUACAAUGAUACUCUAUGCCACUUUUUUUCUCUAUGUUGGAAAAAAUAUAUAUAUACAUUGGCAUCGAUAUAGUUCUUCCCUCAGUGUUCCUCCGAUGUUUCUGUACUAUCUUUGUGCCUAAAAAUGGAGUUUGUUCAACAAAAAUAUCCAUCUAUAUCUGCUUAGUUUCCGUAUUUUCAGAAGAAAAUUAAAAUGGUGUCUCCAGCACCCUAGGGAUGUCAUGACGAAAAUUACCUGAUUUUUAUUUUAUUUUUUUUAAAUCCUGAAUAGAACAGGGCAUCCUUUUUAAGGACUGCAAUAAACCCUUAAAUGUUAUUGAAAUAGCAACUGCGAUUCUGCAUUCUAUUAUUUUCUCAGGCCGUACGCUGUGUUUGGCGCCCAAAAGCAUUUAUUUAGCGACACAUAAAGAAAUUUAUCGGAAACCGGACCGGCUGCAAGACUUUCAAAGACUGUCGGGACAAAAUCUGCUCCAUGAAAUAGUUUUUCUGAAAGCAAACUAAGCCCAGGUCUGGUUCUGCACUUAGAGUGUCCAUUCUAUUUGUUUGUCAGCAACAGGUUUGCUGAUGAGAACUUUGUACUUCUCUUGAAACGUAAAAGAAAGAAAGAACCUCCAUUUGGGUAGGUUGGCACUAGGGUAUUCCCCUUCUGCUUUGCUUCAGUUUUUUUUAAAGUACUCUUUUCUUUUCUACAAAAUGCAUUGAGAAGGGGAUGUUAAAUUUGUCAGAGAAGAAUCAUGGCAUCCCUGGAGCUGGCACUUUGUGUUUUGGUGUGGUGUUUCUAGAACAAAGUAGCCAUUUCAUGCAGUGUUGCAAUGCAUGUGCCAUCGAGGUCUAGACUAAAAACUGUUUUGAGUAACAAAGCACCAAGACAUUGUAUUUUUUUAUAUUAGCACUGAGGACCAAUUGCCCUGUCGGACCAAGCAUAACAAAGCUUUUUAUGUAACAAAGCUUUUCUCCCUCUCUUUCCCUGGCUUGUCUGUGCUACUUCUCUCCUCCAUUGUUGUGACAGCACAAGUGCCAGUCAAGUUGCUCUGUAUUAAGAAAAUAGUGUUUUUAUUAUGAUUUGAAUUGUUAUAGUUUUUGUCUACCUCAGCACCUAAUCUUAGCCUAAUCUCAGAAGGUGCCCAAUUAUUAUUUUUUAUUUUCUUUAUUUUGUUCUCUUAUUGUUGUCAGUUGUAUAAUUUUUUUGAAAUUUGCAUUAGAGCUUUGCAAAGGUCCUUUGUCUUUUCCAGCGACAACGUGCUAUUUUUUUCCGUGGCAGUACGUUUCCUGUUGAGCUGUGCCACCAAUCUAUAGCCACCGUCUGUUGAUAUAGAGGUUGUUCUUUUUUGUUUUGUUUUUCCAUGUAGAGUCAGGCACCUCUUUGUAACAUGUCAGUGUUCUCUGAGUGUGAAAAAAUAAAUAAAAAGGAAAAUAAAAGAUUUAAUGCUGCAGGUUCUCUUCUCCAUGUUGUCACUAAAGUCAAUGUUGUGCCUUUGAUAGUGAAAAUAAAAGAAUUUUUUUUUUUUUACAUCCUAACAGUAGAUUGUUUUUUGUAGUGUAAUUUUUUUGUAUUUUUAUUUAUGAGUCUCAUAAUAAAAAUCAAACCAUGAUGUUCAGUUGUAUACUUUCAAUCUGCGGUUAGAACAAAAUAAAAAAUGGACUUCA